UGAGGGCAAGUGGGAGGAAGUCACUCAAAGGUACCCUGAGCCUUCGUUCCCCCAUUCUUGCAUCUCCGUUAUGUGAGGUAAGCAGCUUUCUCCAACAGAAGUUCCUCUCUCCUCAAAGGCCCAGAGUGUCCAGGCCAACCAACUGACCAAGAAUUACAACUGCUGAAACUGGCCUCCGAGGUUCUCUGCUGGGUCUGUGCCCUGGAACUGGAGACCCACCAUGAAGGCCUGGGGUGCCCUCUGGAUCGUGCUUGGAUUGCUGCUGUGGCCAGAGCCAGGGGCAGCCUCCUCCUUGCCUCUGCUCAUGGACUCCAUCAUCCAGGCCCUUGCUGAACUUGAGCAAAAGGUACCAGUGACUGAGGCCAGCAUCACUGCCUCUGCAUGGAUUCUGUCAGCCAAGAACUCCAGCACCCACAAUUCCCUUCACCAGCGCUUGCUGCUGAAGGCACCAAGCCACAACACUACAGAGCCAGAUCCUCACUCUCUCAGCCCGGAGCUUCAAGCACUGAUUUCUGAGGUGGCUCAACACGAUGUACAGAAUGGGCGGGAAUAUGGAGUGGUGCUGGCACCUGAUGGCUCCACCGUAGCUGUGAAGCCUCUGCUGUUUGGGCUAGAGGCCGGUCUACAGGCACACAGCGUUGCUAACUUGCCUUCAGAUUGUCUGGCUAUCCCCUGUGAUACUGGAGACACCUUGGCCAAUAUUAGAGCCACCUGGCCAGGACUCAUGGAUGCUUUUCCAAAUGCCUCUUCUCCAGAUGUUGGAGCCACUUUACCAAACGACAAAGCCAAGACUCCCACCACUGUGGACAGACUCCUGGCAAUCACCUUGGCUGGUGACUUAGGUCUGACCUUCCUCCACAGGUCCCAGACUUGGAGUCCUCCAGGACUGGGAACUGAGGGCUGCUGGGACCAGCUUACUGCCCCCAGGGUCUUCACACUGUUGGACCCCCAGGCAUCCAGGCUCACCAUGGCUUUCCUCAAUGGUGCCUUAGAUGGAGCUCUCCUUGGGAACCACUUGAGCCAAAUCCCUAGGCCCCACCCACCCCUCAGCCACCUGCUAAGAGAGUACUAUGGAGCUGGGGUGAAUGGAGAUCCGGUGUUCCGAAGUAACUUCCGAAGGCAGAACGGUGCUGCUUUGACUUCAGCCCCUACCCUGGCCCAGCAGGUAUGGGAGGCCCUUGUCCUGUUACAGAAACUGGAGCCAGAACACCUACAGUUGCAGAACAUUAGCCAAGAGCAGCUGGCUCAGGUAGCCACCUUGGCUACCAAGGAGUUCACUGAGGCUUUCCUGGGAUGCCCAGCCAUUCACCCCCGCUGCCGUUGGGGAGCGGCUCCCUACCGAGGCCACCCAACACCACUCCGGCUGCCACUUGGAUUCUUAUAUGUGCAUCACACAUACGUGCCAGCGCCACCCUGCACCACCUUCCAGAGCUGCGCCGCCGAUAUGCGCUCCAUGCAGCGUUUCCACCAGGAUGUGCGCAAGUGGGAUGACAUCGGCUACAGUUUCGUGGUAGGCUCCGACGGCUAUCUGUACCAGGGCCGUGGCUGGCACUGGGUAGGUGCGCACACACGCGGCUACAACUCCCGCGGCUUCGGUGUGGCCUUCGUGGGCAACUACACUGGGUCACUGCCCAACGAAGCUGCGCUGAACACGGUGCGCGACGCGCUCCCGAGCUGCGCAAUUCGCGCAGGUCUCUUGCGGCCAGACUACAAGCUGCUUGGCCACCGCCAGCUAGUGCUCACCCACUGCCCCGGGAACGCGCUCUUCAACUUGCUGCGCACCUGGCCUCACUUCACAGAGGUUGAAAACUAAGAACUCCUUUGAGAGACCCUUGAAGAUCCAGGAGGUAUUAUCCCUGAUGAUCCUUUGAGCAACCACAGACCUCCAAUAAAGGGACCACUGAAAGGAAAUCUCUAUGAGUAUCACCUUCCUCAGAGACCAAAAUGCAAGCAAUGUGUGUGUGGCUCAGUGGGAGAGAACCUAGUUGACAAGCAAGAGGCUUUUAGUUUUGUUUUGUUUUGUGGUUUUUGUCUUGUUUUGUUUUCCUACAGAGUUUCUCUGUGUGGCGUGGCUGUCCUGGAACUUGCUCUGCAGACGGGGCUGGCCUUGAAUUCGCAAAGAUCUGCCUGCCUCUGCCUUCUUAGUGCUGGGAUUAAAGGCAUUGCCGCCACUGCCCAUCCAAGGCUCUGGAUCUCCAUUCUAGCACUACAACAGAAAUCAAGCUGGCUAUGGGAGCUCAUACUUGUAAUCAUAGCAACUGGAAGAUAGAGGAAGGAGGGGAGGUUUUCUUGGAAGCCGUGGGUCUUAGGGACUGAUCCCUCCUGACAAUGAGUACAAGAGAGUCGGGAUGACAAAAAUUGAGGCAGUUUAUUUUACGACCUUGUAAGGUGAAAUGCCAACAAAACUGGCAAUGGCGCCCCAUUGGGAAAAAACUGUCCUUUUUUAUUUUUUUUAAUGGUCCUAAUCAAAAUUCCUUUCCCCUGCUUUGCUGCAUGUUGCCUGAGUUCCAUUAUCCAUCCAUCUCCCCCUUUUUUCAAUGUUUGCUCUUGGUCAUGAUGCUACCUGUACCCUCUCAUCCUGUAAAGAUAACCUUGGUUUGGAAAGAAGGUUAACUAAAAGGCCAGACAAGAAGAAGGCACAAGCUGUUAGGGCAAAGAAGCCAAUGCCUUCCUUUUGCUUACCUGAAACCUAAGCCCAUCUAAGGGACUUUUGUACUGAAAAUGGACCCUUGCGUUUUGUUUGCCACCAAGGCUAGAGGUUAACCUGUGCUACAGAAUCGAGAAAACAAAAACAAAUAAAUUAAUUUCAGUACAAAA